UUUUUUAUCAACAAAUUAAAUAUCAAAAAACUCAUACAAAAUGGCAUUCAAUGCAAAUAUUUUGCUCAUAUUUUCUUUGGUUCUUAUGAUUAUAUCAUCAGAAGUUAUUGCAAAGGAUAUAGUUGAGCCUUCACUUCCAUUGCUUGAGGCAAAUGAAAUUCAUAAUACAGAAUUGAACAAUCCAACACUCCAAAAAAAAGGUGGUGGUGGUGAAGGUGGAAAAUGGGCGGGAUGGAUUUUUGAUGCAGCCUGUUCACGUUGCCCUUGCCCAAGCAAAGAUAAUAAUAACAACAACAACAAUAAUGAUGACGAUGAUUUCAUUACUAAUGUUUGUAAAGCCGCUUGUUGUUAGAAACAAAAGAAUCAUAAGAUCAUUUUCUUCUAAUCGACUACAAAAUAUUAUAUAAUUAUUUGUAAUAAUAUGAAAUUGGUUGAAUAAAGGAAAAGUUUAAAUUAUA